AUGCAGCUCUUCUCGUCCAUGUCGUCGCCAUCGUUCUUGCUUGCCAACGACUCGAAUCACAGCCUGCUACAUUCGCUGCUCGAGGCGAUGAACGCCAUCCUCGAACACCAGUACAAGAAAAACCCCGCCUUUGUAUUUGCGGUACUGAAGAACCGGAAAAAGGUGGAGGCGCUGCGGGCGCUUACCCUCGAGACCGGACAAGAAGAUAUCGAGCGACGAAAUCGGCGGAGGAAGGAAGCUGCCGAGAGCGGCGAGCAUCAGGAAUCAAUCCGCAGCUCCAUGGAUAGCGUCCAGAGUCACCCAGCAUCCCAUCCAAUGUCUCCCGCGGCCAGCGAAGCGCACGAUGAGUCCGAUACCUUUGCCAUAGGUGACGACGAUGAUGAGAGCGACGACGACGAUGACCAUCCCCAGCCAACGCCUGCGCAGUCCACGACGAGCGAGAAUCCCUCGCAGGCCUCGUCGGCCGUUGACGUUGGCGACGCGGUGCCGACCCAGCUUCGCGGCAUGUCGGAAAAGGCCCGUGGCAAGAUGCCCGCCGGAUUCCCGACCUUUUCGCGGCAGAACAGCACCACGAGCCUCGAAGGCCACCGGGCCUCGGUCUCGGUUGCGCAAGUCGACGGCAGCGGAUUCCAGGCCACGGCCUCGUGGAUCGACAGCUGGCUCCCCGAGCUGCCCCUGCACACCAUGCUCACCGUGAUCCAACAGCUCACGGCCCUCCUACCCCGCCAGGCCCUCGCGCCCGAUCACGCCUCGCGCGAGACACUGUCCCGCAUCUCGGAGAUUGAUCCCAUCGGCGUCGAGCCCACGCCCAUCCGCGUGCACACCUUUGAGUGGUCGCAGCUGUCCCUGGCGUGGUACGAGUCUCUCCUCUGGGGCUUCGUCUUCAGCGCCGAGAUGCAGCCCGCCAAAGGCACCGUGGGCGUCUGGAACGGCACCCUUAUCAAGCUGUUCCGUGUCCAGGAGACGGCCCGGUCCGGCCCCUCGCUUACUUCGCCCCGCGGCGCCGUCGACGCCGUGGGCGACAGCAUCGUCUCCCGCAUCGGCGCCAUCAACCUACGAACCGCCGGCGACGCUGCCCAGAGGCUCCUCAGCGAGGGCGUUCAGAUCCAGGGACCCCCGAGCCAGGCGGGUUCCGGGACCGGGCCUCAGGGUCAGGCCCAACAACCGCAGCGAAGGGAUAGUCAACACUAG